AAUCAUGGAUUUAGACGCGUGGAAGGCCACUGCUACACAGUCUGUUGGAAAGUAUGCCGCGGCGGCGGUCAAGUCGCAGUUCAAUCGCGAUCCGCAACUUGCGACGAUCUACGCCGCGCACCAGGCGUUGCAAGCGCAGGCGGCGCAGGGCGCACUGACCGCAGUGCAGAGUGGUGCGGUAGCAAAGCUUGCGAGCCUCAACACAGCAAACCUUACAGAUCCCAGUAAUGUCGGGGUGGUAUCAGAUUCCCUCCUGAGUCUCGACUUUGGCUCUGUCGCGCUGCUCCGGCUGCUCCUCGCGAGCGACACCAAACUCAUCGACAGCCUCGACGCGCACGGUUUUAACCCAAUCCACUACUGCAUCGUCUACAACCAGCUCGAAUGCGUAGAGUUUAUGCUCGAGCGUGGCUGUGACGCAAACCUCGCGGACAAGUCCACGGUGGGUUGGACGCCGCUCAUGUGGGCGACACACAUCGACUUCGUAGACGCCGCACGCGCGCUUGUACAGCACGGCGCGGAUGCGCAGUGUACAACCGUAUCCGGCAAAACGUGCUUGGACCUCGUCGUCCCAGGCUCCCAAGUCUACGAAUUCUUCCAGCUUCACGGACUACUCAACCGCAGGACCACCCCCACCACCGAUUUUUAUAAAGAAACACACAUUGCCGAGAUGGAUGACAUGGACACUCAGAUCCGGAUGGCCACGGCGGGCGUCUCGGCCUCCGACGCCGGAAUGUACCAGGAGCCAGUGGUGGACCCCAACUAUUCCACAAAUUUCGACACCAGCAUCGGGUCGGCGUUGGAUCUGGUGCGGUUUGACUACGAAAGAAUGCUCCCGGACCAGUUCCUUGCUUACACCGAAGCGGAUCUUGCACAGCUCUUGGACAUGAUCGUGGGCUGCUACGAGACGCACAACCACCGGCCAACAGUGCCCGCCGCGAUCGCGUACCAGAUGCUCCGCUACGCGCGUGUACGUGCACCUGAGCUCCUCGCAACGCUGUUUGACCUUUUCAUCACCAAGGUGCGCUCCAGCACCGGCACCAAGUCCGGCAUGUUUUCGGUGUCUACCGCACACGGCGACAUUGUACGACUCAGCUAUUGGCUUUCCGCCGUCGACUUUCUCUACUUCUACAUGCUCAAAGACGGCGCGAUGUUUGCAGCGCAUCCGCAGUUCCUCCAGGAGCUCAUCUCCACGACCCAGUCGCUCAUCGCUGAGAUCGCGUUCUCUAUCUGCAACCGCUUGGACCCGCUUGUGGACACGUGUUUGCUCGACUACGCAAGCUUGGGGCUGGGGGUUUUGUACCGCGGCGAUUGGAACCUCUUUCGGCGGAAGGAUACCAAGACAUCCUACGACGUGAUUCUUGACAUGUUGUACCCCCCACCACCAAAGGAGCAGAUGAAGCCAUCGCCGAUUAGAGUCAACCAAACGUUGGGCGCGUUGGUGUACGUCUUGGAACUCCACCAGGUGCACGAAAUGCUCGCGCAGCAGACGCUCUCGUUGGUCUUGUAUUGGCUCGGCGCAACGGUGUUCAACCGUGUGAUUGCGAGCAAAAAGCUCUGUUCGCGCGCGCACGCGGUACAGAUCCGGCUUAACCUCUCGGUGGUCGAGGACUGGGUGCGUGCGCACGACCGCGUGCCGCACCAGCAGGAUGCAAAGUACUGCGAUGAGUUCUUUGACGACUUGGUAAAGAAGCAGGUCAAGUUGAACGUUCUAAGGAUGGGUGAAGCAAAGGGUGUGGGCAGUCCGACAAACCUCUCGUUCUACUACCAAUCGUUGUACCAUAUUGCGCGCUCGCACUUCAGCCCCGUGGUCGAGCUCCUCCAGUGGUUGCAGUGCAUGACGCGUGUCUCAUCUGCAGCUGACCUAGCGCAGACACUCGGUAGUUUUGACUAUCUUAACGCGGUGCAGGUGGCGCGUGCAGUCAAGAACUACCACUACGAGAUCGACGAGCCCAAGUUUUCGAGAGCCCUAAAAGACCAGCUCCGGCGUACGGUUGCCGACUACGGCGAUAAUCUUCCGUUGCACGAAGGGUUAAACUUUGUCUACAGCGCGAAGGAGAUGCAUCUUUUCCUCAACCCCGAGUGCGUGUUUGCGUGUGCGUUGCCGAACACACGCGAGUUGAUCAAUGCGUACGGCGCGGGGAUUGGCGGCGUCAACGAAGCACAGGCGCGCGCGUUCGAGCCGGUCUUGCCUGUAGAUGUGAUUGACACCAUUGAUGAGAUCAUCCAGGGCAAUCGCAACGAGGAUUGGGAUGUGUCCGAGGAACCAGAGGCACCGGAGCCCGCGCGCAUGGCGGUCACAAAACCUGUCAGCGCCGCGCAGCGCGACUGGGAGCCGGAAGAAGAAGGGGAGAUGUUUUCACCGAGAAAGUGGAACGAUGAGAUUGAGGCCAAUCCGUGGUAGAGUUUGCAUUUAUAUUUAAUUUGGUAUACGAACGUAGAAUAGGAGUCUGGCAUGUGGUUUGGACAUGUAUAAUGGGCAUUCCGCGGGAGUUUCACGUGUUUUUGCAGUCAGGUUGCUAUUUACAUCUACUGUCUAGUUUAAAAGCUGUGUGGGUUGAUUCUGCAGCUUGUAUUUCGCUUUAUAAAUCAGAUUCCCGUUCGAUAUAUUUCUGUGACGGAUGGGUCUUUAAUUGUUUGUGG